AUGUUCGGCAUUAGAGCAUUGCGCCUUGCCGAAAAGGCUGUGCAUCAGCUCCAUACCCCUAUGGCUUUUACUGAAGCACAGACAUGGGGGCCUCUCGAGCUGUUGGGCGCCGGAGUGGCUUGUGACAUGGCGGCGGCCGUCUGGGCCACCAAGCCAUGCGCGCCCGCAGCGCCUUCCCGCGUUCUCGGAGUCGCAUCAUUCUGCAAGACCUUCCCCAGGUCACGAGCAAGAUCGCGGGCGCCUCACUGCCAGACGUCGAAAUCAUGGACCACGACGUGGCGCACCCACAACCGGUCAAAAACGCCCCGCAUCUACUACCUUCGUGGUGUCGUGCACAACCAUGCCGACCACGUGUCCGUCCAGUUUCUCUCACAAUUUGCCGCAGCCACGGGUCCCGAAUCGAGAUUAUUGAUUCAUGAGACCCUAGCACCAGAGCUCAAUCCGACUAAGAAUAUCACGAGGUUCGACUUAAGUAUGUUCGCGUCGUUUGGAGGUGCGCAGAGUUCUAAGGCGGAGCACAAGGCGUUAUUGGAGAAGGUCGGGUUGGAGGUAUCAGGGACAAGGAGUACGCCGCGAGAGUGGUCGAUUAUGGAGGCCAGGUUGAAGAGGGAGUAG